AAAAAGGAAGUAGAUUUUUCAAAAGAGGACGGCAGAUUUAAGCUUUUACAAAGCGAAAUCCAAACGAAAAUUUCAAAUCUCGCACAUAUCGGUGAACAAUUACCUGCCAACUGGAUUCCGAUCAGAAAAGCACUCGAAAGACGAAAAAAUAAGAAUUACAUAAAAAUAGACGAUUACACUCAAAUUUGCACCAGAUAUUUUAUUCCUGAAGAUGAAUCGCAGAAAAAUCUUUUAGGUUAUCUGAGAGAUUUGGGAACGGCACUUUAUUAUGAGGGCGAUAAUCAUCUGUGCAAUUAUGUGAUAUUAAAUCCGCAUUGGGUGAUAGAU